CCCGAAAGCCGGCCGCGGCCCGCCGGGCUCCUCUGAGCGGGCUAGACCGGGAGGACCGCUGGCUCCCUGCGGCGAAGGCCCGACCGGUUGUUUACUUUAGGAAGCUUUGUGCGCCGGCGUUAGGAUUCGUGAUCCAGGCUGCGAAGAAUGGCAAGUCUGGAAAAUAGCAACUGUGUUUCUUUCUAAAGGAUCUGCUUCUAACCCAGCGUUGCAAACCACAAUGAAGAACCAGGACAAAAAAAAUGGGGCUGCCAAACAAUCCAACUCAAAAAGCAACCCGGGACAGCCGGAAGCAGGACCCGAGGGAGCCCAGGGGCGGCCCGGCCAGUCGGCCUCUGCGACAGAAUCCGAAGGUUCCAGCAGCCAGACUCCUGGGAAGACGGAGGGGGCUCAAGCCAAAACUGCUCAAUCUGGAGCCCUCCGUGAUGUCUCUGAGGAGCUGAGCCGCCAGUUGGAAGACAUACUAAGUACAUACUGUGUGGACAACAAUCAGGGCAGCCCAGGUGAGGAUGGGGCACAGGGUGAGCCAGCUGAACCUGAAGAUCCAGAGAAGUCCCGGACCUAUGUGGCAAGGAAUGGGGAGCCUGAGCCGACUCCAGUAGUCAAUGGUGAGAAGGAGACCUCCAAGGGGGAGUCAGGCCCGGAAGAGAUCCGUGCGAGUGACGAGGUUGGAGACCGAGACCACCGACGGCCACAGGAGAAGAAGAAAGCCAAGGGUUUGGGGAAGGAGAUCACGUUGCUGAUGCAGACUUUGAACACUCUGAGUACCCCAGAGGAGAAGCUGGCAGCUCUGUGCAAGAAGUAUGCCGAACUGCUGGAGGAGCACCGGAACUCACAGAAGCAGAUGAAGCUCCUGCAGAAGAAGCAGAGCCAGCUGGUACAGGAGAAGGACCACCUGCGUGGCGAGCACAGCAAGGCCAUUCUGGCCCGCAGCAAGCUUGAGAGCCUGUGCCGCGAGCUUCAGCGGCACAACCGGUCCCUCAAGGAAGAAGGUGUGCAGCGCGCCCGGGAAGAAGAGGAGAAGCGCAAGGAGGUGACCUCGCACUUCCAGGUGACACUGAAUGACAUUCAGCUGCAGAUGGAACAGCACAAUGAGCGCAACUCUAAGCUGCGCCAAGAGAACAUGGAGCUGGCCGAGAGGCUCAAGAAGCUGAUUGAGCAGUAUGAGCUGCGAGAGGAGCAUAUCGACAAAGUCUUCAAACACAAGGACCUGCAGCAGCAGCUAGUGGAUGCCAAGCUCCAGCAGGCCCAGGAGAUGCUGAAGGAGGCAGAGGAGCGGCACCAACGGGAGAAGGAUUUUCUCCUGAAAGAGGCAGUGGAAUCCCAGAGGAUGUGUGAGCUGAUGAAGCAGCAGGAGACCCACCUGAAGCAGCAGCUUGCCCUAUACACUGAGAAGUUUGAGGAGUUCCAGAACACACUUUCCAAAAGCAGUGAGGUAUUCACCACGUUCAAGCAGGAGAUGGAAAAGAUGACUAAGAAGAUCAAGAAGCUGGAGAAAGAAACCACCAUGUACCGGUCCCGGUGGGAGAGCAGCAACAAGACCCUGCUUGAAAUGGCUGAGGAGAAGACACUCCGGGACAAAGAGCUGGAGGGUCUGCAGGUGAAAAUCCAACGGCUGGAGAAGCUGUGCCGGGCACUGCAGACCGAGCGCAAUGACCUGAACAAGAGGGUACAGGACCUGAGUGCUGGUGGCCAGGGCUCCCUCAUUGACAGUGGUCCUGAGCGGAGGCCAGAGGGGCCUGGUGCUCAAGCACCCAGCUCACCUAGGGUCACAGAAGCACCUUGCUGCCCCGGAGCACCGAGCACAGAAGCAUCAGGCCAGAUUGCCCCCCAGGAGCCUGCCUCCGCCAGGGCCUAGAGAACCUGGUGCUGGGGCUUGCUGGGAAGGGAGCAGGUAGCCCAGCCAGGCCUGGCCCAUGCAAGGUUCCCAUGCUGAGCAGUUCAGUGCUAAGGCCAGGUAUUCUGAUGUGGCUGGCACCUGACACUUGCAAUUUUGGAUUUUGUGGGUCAGUUUUACGUGCAUAUGGCGUUGUGCAAGGCCUCAUGCAUUUAUGUCUAUAAGUGUACCGUGGGCUUGCAGUGGGGUGGGAGUAUGUACAGAUGAAGUCAGUGGCUCCUCUGUGAGCUGAAGAGUCUCAAGAGGAGCUGUCAUCUGUAGCUGCCAUCACAGUGAACUGGCAGGACAAGUGACUUGAGCAGUUUUCUGCCUGAUGUGAGGCUCAGAUCCCUCCUGGCCCUUCAGAGCUCAUGACAAGUGAUACACCCGGGACUUGACUGCAUUUCUCUUGUGAGUGGGGCUUGGGCAGCUCGGGCUCUCCUAGCUCCUCUAGAGGCUCCUCUGCUUCUCUUGACCUGGAAGCAGGGUCCCCAGGCAGAGCCUUAGCAGGGCACUCAAAGCAGGUGAUUGGACUGCUUUCCUGCCAAGGACAAGGGACCUGGAGAAUGGUUCUGUGUGGGAUGACGUGCUGGUUGGGAGCCCUUGGGCACCACUUCCCCUGCCCUCUGGUAGUGCCAGGACCAGGCCAGUGAUGCUUCUCAGUAGCCUUAUCAUUCACAGGUGCCUCUCUAGCCUGCACAAAUGAUUGACGAGAUCACCCAAAGGAUUCUUUCUGAAGGUUUGUUUUUUUGUUUGUUUGUUUUUGGGAGGGGGGUUUGCACAUGAGAGUGUUUGUAUUGAGGACCUUCUGAGGAAGAAAGAGGGGAGCUGUAGCGGUGGCGUCUGGGCCUGCCUCCAGUAUCCCACCCCUUUCCCCCACCCUGACUCCUUUGCCAUCCUGGCGCCUAGGUCUCCUGUGUGUAGAGACCAAGUUGGCUGUAGAAAGGGAAAGGGAGAGGCUUCUGACAGCUUUGCUGCAAGCUUACCUGUGGGAUGCUACCACUGGUUCCCCUCAGCACCAUCUCCAUGCAGCAGAUUCUGGGCCCCGGGUCCAGAUGCCCCCUUGGCUUUACAAGUCUGUUUCUGCUUCCUGCCCCUGUCCCCCAGGUGCCCGAGUGCACAGUCCUUGAGGUUUGCCCUGACUCCAUUUCCUGAUACCCCCUUGCCCAAGGAGUAAGAGUCCUUCUUCCUGUGUGGGAACCCACAGUUGUUGUCUGACAGGUAGAAAAUAAAGUUCAACAAUUGACUGAGCCCCAGAACCCCAUGAAAUGGCUGCAGACAGCUGUGUUUGUUUCCCUCCCCACCUUUAGUACAUAAUACUAUGUACUGUAUAUAGCUACUCUGUUGGCCGAAGGUUCUGCUGGUUGCAGACUUGCCAGGAUGUUGCUAGUCUCUGUGCAGAGCACUUUUCUGGGACAAGAGAAUGAGUCCUAGAUCAGGAAGCGGGGCUUUGCUGGACUAGAAGUACAGUGCCCCAUUCCUAGCUGGGCGUCAGCCUCAGUGUAGCUGAGGGAGCCACAGACCAAGAGAUAGGAGGGUUGGUGUUUCGCUUCUUGCUGUAUUUCUUUGAAGUGAGCUUAUCGUCCUGUAGUCCUUCAUCCUCCAUACCUAGCCUAUUUCAGAUAAGUAGGCUCAUGAUUAAGUACUCCUGAAUCGUGUUGACUUAGACCAGAGAUGGCAAGUGGCCUUGGCAGGUGGCACUGAUCUGCUUCACAGUGUUUCUUGCCAAUCCUUGGAUAUCCUUCCUUCACAUGGGAAAUGCCCUCAAGCAGGGAUGAGUGUUGAGCUCUAUCUGCCAUCCCUGGCUGAAUUGCUGCUCUCUCUGGAGAAGGAUCCCCAAGGUCUUUGCCUUCCCCUCUGAAUCCCUGUGCUUGGAAUGCCUCUUCUGCUCCAGGAAGGCCUUCUGCCUCCCACAGCCCCUGUACCAGGCUGGGAUACAAGAGCUGCCAACCUGGCAAGAGUGUUUGCUAGUCAAGCAAGGUGUGCAGAGGAGGCAGAGGUAGCCGUCUGCCCCGUGAGGAAAGCGGAAAGGCCUACGGUGGCCAACAUAAUUGCCUGCCUCACUUCAGCUACCUCUUAAAAGCCUGUGGGGGGUGAGGCUUUUGGGCCCCAGUGUCAGGGUACAGGAGGCUACAGGGAGCAGGGGCCCCUGCUGAACUUCUCGGACCAGGAAUGUGGCGCCCAGGCAGGGUGGAAACUUGGCCUGAAAUUCAGCUCUAGCCAUUUGGGCAAGUCUAGAUGGGCGUCCCCUUUCUCUUCUUCUCCACUGACCAAACCUUAACCAGUCACUACAGCUGCUCUGCUUUCUCUGCUUUCCAAAGUCAGCCCAGGUCCUGGGCCAGAUGCAGGGGCGGUGGCCUAUCCACAAGUGAAGGCCAGUGCCUUCCUCACCCGGGUGGGCCCCACACACAUGACCUCAGUUUUAGGACCAAGAGCUGUGUUGGUAUCAUAGAUUGCUAGCUUUUCCUCCAGGGGCCACAGCAGGUGGAGCCCAGAGCCCAGGGCUCUGCUGACAUAAUUUGUCUUCAGGACCUUGUCCAGCUGAGAGUUUCGUGUACACCAGAUUCUGAGAGGUGUCAGCAGCACUUUUUUAAAUUUGUUGUUUGUAUUCCAUGAGGUUUUUGGACCAUGGGCUGAGCUCAGGCACUUUCUGUAGGAGAAUGUUAUUUCUGUAAAGAUGGUUAUUUAACCCUCCUCCACCCCAUCACAGCAGCCCUGCCGAGGACUGGCCCAGAGGCCAGUGGAGCCGCCUCGUGGCCACGGGGGAGGGCCGAGGCCUGCUGAGCUGAUUCUCCAGCUGCUGCCCAGCCCUCCCGCCUUGCACAGCACAGAGGUGGUCAUACCAGGGACAGCCAGGCGCCUGCCUGCUCCUCCCUUCCUGGGGGAGGGGUGCUGCCUUUGUCCCUGUCACUGCUUUCCUUAUGGCCAGACCUGGCCACUCAGACUUGUUUGAAGCUGUGCUGGCAGCUUUUUUGUCUCCUUUUGGUAUUCACAACAGCCAGGGACUUGAUUUUGAUGUAUUUUAAACCACAUUAAAUAAAGAGUCUGUUGCCUUA